GCAGCCCCCUCCGUUCCCUCCCUCGCCGUGCGCCUAUGGCUCCAGCUCCUCGGAGCGUCCCCGGGAAAUAAAAUCCGCCGGGUGCCGCCCCCCGCCUCCACGCACACGCCCGCGGGGAGCGGCCGAGGCGGGGGAGCGCCCUCCCGGGAGAACAUGGAGGGCCCCUCGGGCUCGGCGCAGGGCAGCGAGCGGCCGCUGCUCACCGUCACGCACGAGCUGAGGAACGCAAAUUUGACAGGCCACGCAGAGAAAGUUGGCAUUGAAAACUUUGAACUCUUGAAAGUUCUUGGAACUGGGGCGUAUGGAAAAGUGUUCCUAGUAAGGAAAGUAAGUGGCCAUGAUGCUGGAAAGCUGUAUGCCAUGAAAGUACUGAAGAAAGCAACAAUAGUUCAAAAAGCCAAAACAACUGAGCACACAAGGACAGAACGACAAGUAUUGGAACAUAUUAGGCAGUCACCAUUUUUGGUCACAUUGCAUUAUGCCUUCCAGACAGAUACAAAGCUUCAUCUCAUUUUAGACUAUAUAAAUGGAGGAGAACUGUUUACUCAUCUUUCACAAAGAGAGAGAUUCUCAGAAAAUGAGGUGCAAAUUUACAUUGGGGAAAUCGUUUUGGCACUUGAACAUCUACACAAGUUGGGAAUUAUAUAUCGGGAUAUAAAACUCGAGAAUAUUCUCCUGGAUUCUGAUGGCCACGUGGUGCUGACAGACUUUGGUCUGAGUAAGGAGUUUCUUACUGAUGAGAAUGAGAGGGCAUAUUCUUUCUGUGGAACAAUAGAAUACAUGGCUCCGGAUAUUGUAAGAGGAGGAGAUACAGGACAUGAUAAGGCUGUUGACUGGUGGAGUGUUGGUGUUCUCAUGUACGAAUUGUUAACUGGAGCAUCACCAUUUACAGUUGACGGAGAGAAGAAUUCUCAAGCAGAGAUUUCUAGGAGAAUAUUAAAAAGUGAGCCACCUUAUCCACAAGAAAUGAGUGCACUGUCUAAGGAUAUAAUUCAGCGCCUUUUGAUGAAAGACCCCAAGAAGAGACUAGGUUGUGGUCCAACUGAUGCUGAAGAAAUCAAACAGCAUCCCUUUUUCCAGAAUAUAAAUUGGGAUGAUUUAGCUGCCAAAAAAGUACCAGCUCCAUUUAAACCAGUAAUCAGAGACGAGUUGGAUGUCAGUAACUUUGCAGAAGAGUUUACAGAAAUGGAUCCAACGUAUUCUCCUGCAGCAACCCCUCAGACUUCAGAAAGAAUAUUUCAGGGAUAUUCUUUCGUUGCACCUUCUAUUUUGUUUAAACGCAAUGCAGCUACAGUAGAUCCUGUUCAGUUUUAUGUGGGGGAUGAGCGGCCUGGAACUACAACUAUUGCCAGAAGUGCUAUGAUGAAGGACUCUCCAUUUUUUCAACAUUAUGAACUGGAUCUGAAAGAGAAACCAUUGGGAGAAGGAAGUUUUUCCAUUUGUCGAAAGUGCUUACACAAGAAAACUAGCCAGGAGUAUGCAGUAAAAAUAAUUAGCAAAAGGAUGGAAGCGAACACCCAGAGAGAAAUAACAGCUCUGAAACUCUGUGAAGGACAUCCCAAUGUAGUGAAGUUGCAUGAAGUUUAUCAUGACCAGCUUCACACUUUUCUAGUAAUGGAAUUACUGAAAGGGGGAGAAUUGCUUGAACGCAUUCAGAAGAAGCAGCAUUUCAGUGAGACAGAAGCCAGUCAUAUUAUGCGCAGACUUGUUUCAGCAGUGAGCCAUAUGCAUGAUGUAGGAGUAGUCCACAGAGAUCUGAAACCUGAGAAUUUAUUGUUUACAGAUGAAAGUGAUAAUUCAGAAAUAAAAAUAAUUGAUUUUGGCUUUGCUCGUUUAAAACCACCUGACAAUCAGCCUCUUAAGACUCCAUGUUUUACUCUGCAUUAUGCUGCCCCAGAGCUCUUUAAUCACAAUGGUUAUGAUGAAUCCUGUGAUCUCUGGAGUUUGGGAGUCAUUCUGUAUACGAUGUUAUCAGGACAGGUACCAUUUCAGUCUCAAGACAGAAGUUUAACGUGUACUAGUGCAUUGGAAAUUAUGAAAAAAAUAAAAAAGGGAGAAUUUUCCUUUGAAGGAGAAGCUUGGAAAAACGUUUCUGAAGAGGCCAAAGAGCUAAUUCAAGGACUUCUAACAGUGGAUCCAAACAAGAGAAUUAAGAUGUCCAGUCUGAGAUACAAUGAAUGGCUUCAGGAUGGCAGCCAGCUGUCAUCCAACCCUCUAAUGACUCCUGAUAAUUUGGGUUCUUCAGGUGCUGCAGUGCAUACAUAUGUCAAAGCCACUUUUCAUGCCUUUAACAAGUACAAAAGGGAAGGAUUUUGUCUCCAGAACGUUGACAAGGCACCUCUUGCAAAGAGAAGGAAAAUGAAAAAAACAAGCACAAGCACGGAGACACGUAGCAGCUCCAGUGAAAGUUCACAUUCUUCUUCCUCUCAUUCUCAUGGUAAAACUACACCUACAAAGACACUGCAGCCAACAAACCCUACAGACAGCAAUAACCCAGAAACCAUCUUCCAGUUCUCUGACUGAAAAGCAGAGAAUACUUUGUCUUGAAGAUUUGUGUGGUUAUAAACUGGGCAGUACCUUUGUCUUCUCCCACCCUUCCUCCCUGUGGCUUACAGGCUACAGAAAUAUGUCCGUCGCUUUAAUAAUGUAUUUCAGUCAUACCUUUUUAGCUUCAUAUUUCAAAACAUUUCUUUUUAGCAUUAAGUUUGGUAUCACUGGAUAUGGUAUAAUACUAUAAUACAACCAACAUUAUAUUCUCUUAAGGAUAAAUUACUAGUUUGCAGUCAGGCUCCUCAUGGUAAGGAGCUAUUCUGCCCUUGGUUCAGCUUGGAGGAAAGCUGUUUCUUAGUGUCAAAAUCUUCCUCCCAGAUUCUUCUCCGCUGUUAAAAGAAAGGAAAGCUCUGUAAAACAUAGAACUCCUGAAUCUUCUGCUUAUGUCCAGCUAUGUGAAGAAUGUCAUAGUGUUUAAUUCUUCCUAUACAUAAGUAAUGAUUGGUAUAAUUCACCAAAGCAGUAAAGUACUCAAAGACCACUUAAAUUUGUGGUUACAUUCUAUCCCAUUUAUUGAAAUUUUAAGAAGAAAAUGUAGUGUUAUGCAACUCUUAGGUUGCUUUAAAAAGUUGCUCCAUAUAUCUUGUUUUAAAAAAUUGAGAAUAUGUCUUAGAUUUUUUUUAUUUAUUUACUUUUUUAGAAAACAUUUAGAGUGAAAGAUGUCUGAUAAGGUGACGUGUCUAGUACUGUGCAGUAAUUUUUAUUUCUACUUUUUGACGUUAAUAGCUUUUAAAAUGUUAUACAGAUUCUAAAACGUGAUGAUAUAACAGAAAGUGAAAUUUCAUAUUGAAUGUUUGAAAAAUGGUCAUGCGUUAAAAUAUCUAUUUCAAAAAUUAAAUAUAAUUUAUAUUUUCUUUUUAUAUUUACACAAGAACUUUAAAAUACUGAGAUUUUUUUAAAGAUACAAAAACUCCAGUUUCAGCAUUUGUUAUUAUAGGGUCCAUACAAAUAUAUAUCAAGUUAUUUGAAUUUUGCAUUGUGCAAAUACAUCAGUAUAAUAGUGACUGUAAAAUAUUAGAAUAUAUGUUUUCUUCUUUGCACUUUAUAACAUCAAAAUGAGAUGUUUUAUAAUAAAGUGCACUCAGAUUUCUCUUCCUACAAGGUGCUGAGCACUAUUUUAUUGAGUUGAGUGACCUGAAACCCACAUUAUAUGGUGGCUGUGGUCACUGUGAAGGAGAAUUCUGUACUUUGCAGGAGUGAAUCCCUGUAUAUUAUCCGCUGUUUUCAUUCCUUACUUAAAACUGCAAAACUCUUUCUAUCUUGCUUUUACAUUGUAUAUAACAAAUACUAGACCUGGGCACCUUGUGUGUAGUGUAGAUGUUAACAACUUAUGCACUGGGAAUACUAAAGGGAAAUUAUAUUGAACACUGUGCUUCACAACUUGUUCACUGUGGUGUUCUACAGUGAAGUAUUUCCUACUGUGAUAGUAUAGUAUGUACAUAACUGUUUGGAAUCAUAAAUGUGACUUACAGAAACAUCAGCAUAAACUUUUAAAUCAGCAUAUUUUAUAAAUUUAUGGAGAGCUCUUUUACUGCUCAUAUUGUCCAUGCCUAGAGACAACUCCAGUUUUGCAAAUGCUUAGAUGUGUAAGUUUCUGCUAAAGUCAGAGAGAGUCCUUGUGUAAAGUCAAUUAAAUGCGUAAAUUUCUGUGAUGGAAGAAUAAUUGACAUGAGGAUUUUGUUAACAGCUUGUUCUACCUUAAAGUAAACUUAAUCCAAACCCUAUGCAAAAAAAAAAAAAAAGAUAUAGGAAUUGUUUAUAUCAGUGGUUUUAUUUAUAGAAUUACAUCAGAUAUCAGUAUUGACAAAUACAAUACAUCCAUGUUUACAGGGAUUGCGUGUAUCAAAAUAUGGCUUUGAAGCCCAACACGUUUGUUCUGUGUUUCUUUAAUAUUAAUAAUGGCAUUCUGAGGUUUUGGAACUGCUCAUGUGAAAUAGUUUACUACUUUCUUGAUGUGAAUGUCAACAGUAAUUGCAGCAUUAAUUUCAGGUUGAUGUGAAUAUUGAGAUUUGCACUGUUUAUGUAGAGGUAGUAUAUUUAAAGAUCAGUGUAUGUGCUAUUAACACAACCGAUUUUAAGUGGCUGAUGUUAAAAUAUUGAAAAAUAAUUGUCAAUGUAAUAUAUUCAGGUUUGCUUUCUGAAUGCUCUCUUUGGAAGUGAUCUCAAUAGUGAAAAUGGCUCAUUUGUAAAAGAAUACUUUCCCUCUCCCCAAUAAACUUGCUGUAAAUACAAAAACAACAAUCCACAAUUAAUACUUUUUAUGUAGACAAUACAAGUAAAUUGAGGGAGGGAGAGAAGGUUGUUCUUAAAUUUUACACCUUAAGGAGUUCUUGGAAUUUAUUGUCUUCAUAGUGAGAACAACAAAAAAGCUAUUUUGGAUUUGAUUUCUUUCAAGGAUAACAAAAAAACUUUGGAUAUCAAAUAGGUCUGGAAUAUUGUGACCCUUGUGAAAUAACUUUUUAAAGUUAGAAGCAUCAUACAUUUGUUUCUCUUUUGGGAAAUUUAAGCUGAUGCCUGACAAACUGCUGAAAGAAGAUUCAUACAAGAAACUGUAUGCUGCAGAUGAUAGCUGUAUUGUCAGUUGUUGGGGUUUUUUUUCCACACAGGUUUUGAGGUUGUUGUGAAUCUAAAAUGAUUAGAAUUGAUCUCUUGCAUCAAAGGUAACUUUACUCAAUUAUAUUUCUAUUUCCUCUUUGUGCUCUAACAGUAGUUAUUUAAUAAAAAAUUGAAAACAGGAUGUUUUUUUUUGGUCUGGGUAAGUACACUUAGCUGUUGACUUGCAUUUGCUUUGAACCAGUUACCUGGGAUAGCUGAAAUAUUAUCAUCUCUGACUUUCUACUGCAUCCAGGUAACAGACGUCUUGUGUUGGACACUAAGCUGCUUGGAUUUAUAGGUAGGCAUCUAUCGUAAACAACUUCUGUGUACUCUGAUUAAACUGGAUUUUCAAUGUAGGCAGCUCAAGAGUGGGUUCACUUUUUGUUCAGAUGCAGGAGGCUAUUUACUUGUGGCAGAAAUUUCUUCUGUCUCAGCUUAAUCUGUUGCCCAGCCUGGCACUCAAGGUAUAUGAUAAACAUGGACCAAAUUUUUCACACUCAUACCACUUCAAAUCUGAACUAUACAAGCUAAUCUUGAUUAUUACUUAAAAUACUUUUUAUUGCCAUCUUAAAGAGGUGUUAGACUGUAAAUUAUGUUUAUACUCAAAUUUCAUUAGUGCUGCUAUGAGUCAAACAACCUUAAUGUCUAGAAAUGAUCUUUCCUUACUUUUGUCAUAUGUGACACAGUCAGCAAUGUUGUAGGCAGAUUUCUUUGGAAGAUUGUAUUUCUUAUCAGUAAAGAUGUUUAUAUUAAUCUUAAAUGGACUAGAUACUGUGUUUGUAAAGCUAUUUCUUUGUAAUAUUUCUUGAAAUACAGGUAUUAAUAAUGUUGAAGGUUUUAGAGGAAUACAAAGAAGGUAAUACUUUUACUGUUCUUCUGACUUAGUGAAGUUUCUACCCUUCUAUAUAAGGAAAAGCAGGUGAAAUGUUUGUUUCUUUGUAGAAUGAUCUGUGCAUUUGGCAUUUGCAUUGUUUGCUGCUACAGAAAAUAUCUUGACUAAAAUACUUUAUUAACAGUUUUGAGGGGUAACAUAAAAAUACAGUAUUGCAUCAGAAUGAUUUGAAACUUGUGAGUUGGCAUUGCCGAUGUAUAUAUUUUCUCUGCCCUUUUCCAUGGCUGCUACUUGAAACAAAAUAACAGUACCUGCACAGCCAUGUUCCUUAGUGCUCAUCCAGGAGCAGAAGGCUGUCUUGGUUAAAAAAAAAGUUAAAAGUCACAUGAUUAUCUUAUAUAUUUUAUUAGUUCUGAUGAAGUGUUGUAGAAGUCUCUUACUUUUUCAAUAUGCGCAUGUAUUAUGUGCAUGUGUGUAGAUUCAUGUUGUAUUGCACAAAUCUAGGCCUCAGUUGGAAGUAAUAAGCCUUUUUUAAAAGAACCUUCAGUUUACUUACUGUGUGAAUUCUUGACUCAUACAGAUUCAGAGGAGCAGACAAGGGGACUGCUGCAGAAGAGGAAGAAGGUUAAGGGAAAUCAAUAAUGAGAGGCUUCGGGUGAAAUGUUUUUGUUAUUCAUCAGGUAUAAUUCCAGGUAUUUUUACAACAAAUUUUGCUGUUUUCAUUCUUUUUCCCCCAUAUACAGCAGUCUUUCACUGCACUGACUUUUACAUUGCAGAACAUUGCAUUCCCUUCCUUCAGGAAGUAGCAUGCUUCUGCUGUAAAUGUCUUGAUCUUUGUUUACCAGUCAAAAAUGCUUCUGAGUUAGCUCCUUUACCCACAGGACACUGGAGUCUGUUUAAAAAAAAAAAAAAAAAAAGCUGUUGGCUAGCUCUUGCCUGCUGUCUGUCAUUUUUAUGUAUCGCUUUUUCAAUAUAUACUAGGAGUUCAGAGCACCUACAUAGGAAGGAAGAUCUAGGAAUCAGGAUGACUCCAAUGACUCCAGUACUGUGUACUGGGACAGAAAGUAGUGAUGCUCUUAAUUACAUAGACCAGUGGGAGCAGUCUUGUUUGUUGUGCCUGGAUGCAACAAGAGCAGAGAAAUGUAAGACAUAUGGAAUAAUGUAAAUUUGAAUAAAACACUUUUUUUUUUUUAUGGCCUUCAUUUUCUUUUUGGUGGAAAGGGAAAUUUCAAGCUUCUUGGAAAUCAAUGGUAAGUGAGAUAAGAUGGUACAGACUGAUCUGACAGCCUCCUGUCACUCCCAGGGCUGUUUCUGAUCCUUCUGGCCCCCAUCUCUGGUCUUUUCUUGGUUCAGGUAUUAUCACCGAUCAGCCAGCCUGUGUUUUGUUAACUGAGACAUUUUGGCUAACACUGAGAAUAAAAGGGAUUAAUUGAUUUCAAAGUAGCAAUGAAACACUGCAAAACUUAUAUAUUACUAUGAUUUUUGAAAGCUAAUAUUCUAUUCAAAUGUAGAAAGGAGUCCCUACUAUUCACACAUGUUGGCAACCCAUCUGGCUGUAUUUAAAAAAAAAUAAAAAACCAUGCAGAGGUAUGCUAACUUCUUUUGAAAUGCCAGCAAUAAAGCCAAGAAAAGCAGACCUCUUUAAUUGCUAAGGAGCUGUUCAAAAACCUGUCAAAUGAAACUACAACCUGAUUGCAAGCUUGCUGCAUUUUUCUCAAUACAAACAUAACUUUACUCUUGUCAAGAAAUCAAACCUCAUCAAAUCUUAAAAUUGGGAUCUCAUUUAUGUUUGUUUGAUUUUCUUUUUUUUGUUGUUCUUUUAAAAUGCGUAAUUCUCUUGGUAUGAUUGUGACAGAAGGCUUAUUUUCAUAAGGAAGAGGAAAAUCUAAGGUUUUAGGAUAAGACCUUGUGAACAACCAAAAGAAGCCUACUGAGAAAGGUAAUCACUGUUCUUAUCUAGUUUAGUUUUACAUAUAUAUGCAUUACUAAUAUUUGCUGACCGUAAUAGCUACCUUAGUACAUUUUAUAUCAGUUACGGGUGUGAUCUUGUGUUUGACACUUUCAGGUAUGCUAAAGUAUCUUUCAAGUAUAAACUAGUUUUUGAAAUUAUGGCUAAGUGAGAAGAAAGGAGGAAAAAACAGUUUGCAGACUGAUGCAAAGAAGAGAUAUUGCUGAAGGUUUGCUCCAAGUUACGUUUACAAGUGACAAGGGAGUCAGGUUACCAUUGUGUGAUCUGAAGGAAUGUACUCAUAAUUAAGUCUUUAUCCUAUUUUCCUUUAAAAUAUAUAGUGAGGAAGAGAAAUUAAAUUAAUUCACAGAAGUAGUGAGUACCUCAAAGCUUUUCUUAGAUGUCUCCUUAGUGAUUUCUCAUUCUUAAAAUACAUAGCUCAGCUAUACAUAAUAGUUACUCUCUUGAAGCUAUGCAUACUUGAGGGAACAGGAUUCCGCUGUCUAGUGGUAAGUUCAUUGUACAGUGAUCAUGUAAAUCAGAACUCAAGGUGCUAUAUCCCUGCUGCUUUAAAGGUCAAGUGUUAAUACUGUUCUGUGUAAUAUAUAUUGCUACAUCAGGCCACUUGGUUUGAUUUAAAGACUGUCAGACUGGAAGGAAAACUUGAGAUCUGUUUCAAGUGAACACAGAAGUGAGAUGGAACAAGCCUUUAAUCUUAACUUACAUCUGUAUUGCAAACAUGAAUAAAAGUUUGGCAUUGGCUUUCAGCCUUGGCAGUCUUAUCAUCGAUGUACUAGUGCAGCAAAUUUUGUUGCUUCCAAAUAUCAUAGAAUCACCAAGGUCGGAAAAGACCUCCGAGAUCAUCCAGUCCUUACUGUACUUACCUCUUUCACCUGUAGAGAAAAAAAUCUGCAAUACUGUUUUUUAUUUCCUGUCAGGAAAAAAAACGUGUCUUCUAUCAGAGUCCCAGUUGAAUAGAUCCUCCAUAAGCUCUACCUUUACCUUUGAAGCUAUAAAUGCAGGAAUACAUUAGUGAGGAGUUCUGACAGCUAGUUAUGGAAAGCAGGCUGGAUUAAUUUGCACUAAGUGAAAUAGGACGUGCUAUUUCUUGUUUCACUGUGGGCAGGGAGAGAGAGGAGGCAAAGAAAUGGAAGAAAGGCAUAUUGAGCUCAUAAUUUACAGGAUAUUCUGAUUUCAAAGAAUUGUUUCUGAAGAAUGUACCCAAGAUAUUGCCAAACUUAAAUUCUUCGAGGAAAAAAGUACCUGCCAGCGUUUUUCUUGGAGAGGAACGGUGCCAUGUUCAAACUUCUAAGGCAGCAAUACAUCCAUGUUCGGUCUUGAUUUCCUUAAAUCAUUUAAUGCCAUUUUUCAACAGAUUAUAGUGAAGAAUGCUUAUCUCUAAAAUUCUUAGUCAUAUCAACGAAGAGGAAAACUUUGCAGCAGAAUUUUACUGAAAAAGAAGCUGAAUAAUUUUAAUAAUUUUACCUGGUAUUGGGUAUAUAUUCAGGAGAUUUUUUUUGAAUGUGGAAUAAACUAGAAGAGGUGAUCAUUCUGUGAAUGCAGUAAUGGAAGAAAUACAAGCUGUUUUCUGGAAGACUCCUCAAAACUCAUCAGAGAUUUGCAGAUCCAGGUGCUGGUUAAAUGCUCUCAUCUCUAGGGCUGUUAAAGCCUAAUUGUGCUGAUCCAGAAGAUGGUAAGCUCAGCCUGUUGUCCCGCCUGUCAGAAUCAUUGGCUUAUGAAAAUCUAUUGAUGGAGCUUCUCCCAUAAGAGGUCCUUUUCUUGAUGUGCCAGUCUUAAUAACCACCUAGGAAUGAAGAGCAGCUUUUAGUAGUUCAGGUUCUUUGUGUUGGAAUGAUACCUCUUAAUAUAGGUUUUGAUAUUCAGCCACCCCAUUUUCUUUUCCAGAUCACUGAGUUCAGACAUAAGAAAACAAUUUUUUUUGUUGCCUUAAAUUGUGUGGUUAACCACUGUGGUGGCUUCAAAGUUAGUGCAAGGCAAUCUAAAGAAAAACAUGUCAUUAUGAACAAUUCAACCUUAGUUUCCUUUAGGGGAGAUUCUUUGCUGAACUGUGCACAGUGUAAAGCAGCACUAUGGGUAUUCUUCUGGUAUAGCUGGUGAUCUUGCUUGCGUGUUCUUCCACUGACUCUUAAAGUCAUGCUGGUAAUUUCUUGUGAAAGAGUUAAAAAUUAAACUGAGCAUAUAAAUUUCAGGCACAUAGUACUUGGAUGAAUCCAACUUUGUAGGUAGUAACCCAAGAUGUCUCAUGUUAGUUACAUUACGUACAACUUCUGUGGCAGGAGGGAGAAGUAUCUGAACAACUUUCUAGAAUAGACUGAUAGCGUUUGGUAAUAGCUCAGACUGAUCCCAUCUCUAGUUCUGUCAGGAGCUUACUCUUUUUGACAAAAAAUGUGUGAGUAUGUCUAUGGUGUUGUGCUAUCAGUAUAUUUAAAUGCAAGCAAAAAAAACUGAAACACGCUUUUCCAGGGUACAUUUGGGUUAAGUAUGUUAUGCAGUUUUGGGGUUUUCAAGGGGAGUGAAAAACACUAAUUAUUACUACCCUGUUCUAUUCUUUUCAUGAACUUCCUGUGUAUGUUAACACUUUUAAUUCAAUUUCUCUAGUUCUUUCUAGCUUGAAAUGCACUGGUCAAUGAAUAUUUUUCUCCAAACUACUGUUACACUUACUAAAUGGAAUGAAUAAUUUUAGAAGUCCAAAAAGAACAAUUUUAAAAGUACAAAAAAGUAGUUUACUUUAGAAUGAGUGACAACAUAAAAGGAUAGACUCAAAUAACGCUUCAUACUUGAAUAUAUUCAUACUUGAAUAUAAAUGUAUGCUGGAGUCAGGUCUGGCUGGCUGAUUUGACUUUUACAACUUGGAGUUGGGUUGGAAGCAGUAGGUAUUUGCUUGGUCCUACUGAUGGUAGGAAACCUGAAACCUCAGGUUUUUUUUAAGAACCUGUACUUUGACUCAACUGGAGUGCUGAAAGGUUGAAAACAGGCAGUUGUUCCCUAGAAACUUCAUUCAUUAAUCAUCUUUGUGAUCUGAAGAUAGAAAGUUAAAGCCCACAGAAUGCGUAGUUCAUAUCUUUCACUAACGAACUGUAGUCACAGUAAUGCUCUAUGCUUGCUUUUAUCAAUCUGUCUAAUAUAUUCUGUUCCUGUGUGUGUGCUGAUAGGUAGAAUGAUGUCCAGGGCAAUAAAGCAGACUGAAAAUUACCCAUUCUCUGGCUUCAGGCAAAUGUUAGACCUUUCAGUGUCUUCUUUGAUCGUGUUAUCAUCUAUUAGUGUAUAUUAAAUAAGCUAUGCAUCCGUCCUUAUCUUCCCUGACAAGAGUCAGUGGAACUUCUUGUAGAAAGGAGCUCCUACAUAAGGCAGUACAUGAAGAGGGAAAAUGGUGAUAUCUGGAGAAUCUCACACUGCAGUGUGUGAAGCCAACUGAAUAUAGCAAGAACAUAGGUUAUGCCAAACAGUCAAAGUACUGAGACCAGAAAUGCAUGCAGCACCCAAGCUGUAGAUGUGCCGUGGUUUGCAGAGCAGCAGAAUGAUGUCCACUUCUUUGCUCUCUGUAGCCUUUCUGGUGAUGGCAGACAUUCUGUAGGCCACCAGUGCACAAUGCAGCAAUGAUUUCAGGGAACUGCCUGUGAUCUCCUUUCUGAUACCCCGUGUAAAAAAGGUUGUUCAAUGUAAACUGUCUUCUGUUGAGCAAACAACUUGUAUUUCACCAAUGCACAUUACUUAAAAAGCAUACAGUCUUGUUUUGGAGACAUGAAGUUGAAGAAUCCACCAUCUCUUUGAUAUUUAACCGAAUAGUUAAAUCUCCUGAUAGCUUUAAAAUCAGAUCUAAUUUUUUACAUACAUUUCUUUGUCACAGGACUCCAAAUUUGAGUUUAUUCUCUCUAUUAAUCUAUUUAUAAAUGCUGUAUCACUUACAUGAAGUUUUAUUUCCAAAACCUAAUACCAGUAUUUUGGUGGUUCUGCCAGUUGUUAUAGUUAGAGGUAGACUGAUUGGCCAGGUCUCCUAACUGUAAUGCAGAAAUGGCAGCCAGCACUUACUGGGUCCACAUGUUGCCAGCUCCUACUGUUCCUACCCAUCUGAAGUACAGGUCUCAUGGAAUUUGCCCAGCUGAUUCUAGGAAGUCUCCUCCUCUCUCUGAAAAGAACCUUGCUUUUGGAAAAUCAUGAUGUAAGUAAGUGCAGAUGUAAUUUUCCAGGUUUUUUCCCUAGGGUCAUGUCAGGCUAUGUCUUACUGCUGUUCUGUCUUCCUUUCGCAUGACUCCAGCCUUCUCAUGGGGUGUCACUGGCAUUCCCCGAUCUAAUCAGAGAGAUGUGAUGAGACUGAAGGUGGCAAUCCUGUGUUUUAGUACUACUAUGUACAAGAGUUUAAGACUUCUCUGCAAUUAUUAACAUUGGAAAAAAAAAAGCCAAAACAAUUUGCUCUGAUUUUAUUAUUUUAAAACACAGAAAAACAAUAUUUGCUGAGAACACACCAUACUUUUCCUUCCUGUAACAAUGAACAGGUGAGGUUGCUAGCAUUUUUCAUUGUUUCAUCCUCAGCAGCUGCUAAUCUCGGUGGAUUACUCUGAUUUGUUUAGUUUUCCUUGCACAUUUGUUGUAAUACUCACAACACAGAGCAUUCUCCAUGGACGUUUUAAACUGUAAGCUACUGCUUUAGAAACAGAAAUUAUAUGUAGUUUUUUACUCCCUCUAGGGGUCUAACACUGCAGUUUGCAAGUUGAUUAACUGCUAAUACAGUGGCAAGGACCAAGUUUGAAUGCAGUAUGACACUAGAUCCUUAAAAUUUAACUAUCAUUGUUUUUCCAGAGGUAUUUAAAUAGCAGUGUGCAAAAUAUUGAUGCGUAUUAAUAAUAUACAUAUUUUUAUUAGUAGUGAGUUGCUAGGACACAUUGCAAAACAAAAUUACCAGAAAUUCAAAGCUUCUCUUCUGUGUAACAAUAGCAUAUAUUUAAAAGGGUUGAAUUUAGGAACUGAAGAAAAGCUGUAAGCCAACUGCUGCACUAUGCUUGCUAUAUCAGUAAUGCUAAUGCCAAAAGCACACGUUCUUCUUCCCUUAAAGUGGGUGCAGAAGUGCCAUUUGAAACACCAAUUAUAUGAAGACAGUCAUUCCCGCAGAGAUGGAAAUUGAUCUUGGAACAAAACCUAAGUAUUAUUUGAGCCAGUAAUGUAAUGAAAUCAAGCAACUGUACAAUAAUAUAAAAGAGCUGCUUCUGUUGCUUUCCUAGCUGAAGAGAUUUUAUUCAGAUUCACAAAGAGCUUCAUAUUUACUGAAAUACCAUCUCCUAGCUUCUUAAAAUGUAAUAUGUCUUACUUUUUAAAUUUUAUUUUAAUAAAUAGCUUAAAAUAGUACAAGGUGUAUAUUCUGUGCUGGAUAGAACAAAAUUAACUGAAAAGCAGUGAUAUAACUGAAGUUUAACGAGGUUAGCACUUUUCUAAAAUCACAUCUAUUUAUUUAUUUCAAUGCGCUUUUAUUCUGGCCACUUUUUGCAUGAAUGAGUCAAAAGAAUAGGAAAACAUCUUUAUGUUUAAGCCUGUGUUUAGGCCUUACCUUGGCCUUCCCUGAACUUGGAAGUAGCUAAAGCAUGCCUUUUAAAUCCUUAGACCUUUGAAGAAGGCUGGAAAGUUUUGUAUUGGCACAAUAAAUGUGGGAAAAAUCUAACAUUGUUCCCAUUUUGCUUCAUAUUAUUUACUAAGGGUUUGGAAUAGCAACUUUACUGGCAAUGUAACGGUGUAACUCUAAAUAUACAUUUGUGUAACAAGUAAUUAAACUUCAGAUAAGAAUACAUCUAUUAAGUCCAUCAACAGUGAAGUACGUUUUUUUUUAAUGCCAUGUUUCUUAUGCUUCUUCAUAUGUGUAAAUAUGUGUUUGUGAUGCAGAGGAUAUUUUAUAACAAAUGUUAUGACAGGUUUAAAAUACAGUGUGAAACAUUAGUCUAAACAGUGUGAUUUUUAAAAUACAUUGCUUAUUAAAUUGUUUGUUGCCCUUUCAUUGCAAGUACUGAUUCCCAUUUACUAUGAAUGGCUGUGGAAAGGAGAUGUUCUGGAGUCUGGCUUCUUAUCUUCUGCAGCACAAUUACUUAUUAAGCUUCAGAUUCAGCCUAUCAGUGCUGAUGACUGCUCACACUGUUUUUCAUAAAAUGCUAAAAAUAAAAAUCAACUGAUUUCAUAAAAUUGUGAAAAAUAUAUCUGAUAAGGCAUGCUUUCCUUUUCAGGUAUCAAUUAUACUCUCCAUUAUUUGAAAAAAAAUUAUCGUUAUCUCUUGAAUCUGAAAGCAGUGAGCUGUAAAAUCAAAAGUUAUUGUGGAGUGGGAGAAAAACGUGUUCUAGAUUUCUAGGUUUUCCUGAAUCUGGGUAUGAAUUUAACUUUCAAACAGCAGUAAGGGCUUUAUGGUUUACAAAAUUAUGUACAUUCACAGAUGUAAUUAUUUUAUCUUUAAGGAAAUAAACUCAUAUAAAAAUC